AUGUCGACUAGUUCACAACAAGCUAGAGCCCUUGCAAGCCAGCAACGCGCGCUAAUGAGUAUAUCAAACUCCGAACGCGUCGGUUUGGGUACCCUGGAAGAACUUAAUGAGCAGGGUGAAAAGUUAUCUCGCACAGAGGCUCGUCUCAAGGAGAUUUCUGAACUCCAGAAGCAAGGUCAGCAAAACAUAAACAGCCUCAGCAGCUUUUGGGGCGGCUUCAAAAAUUUGUUUUCUAGGAAGUAA